AUGACUACAAAUUCAUUCGGAUCAGCUCUUCCCCGCUUUGACUUUCACCAACCCCCGGCCCCCAGAUUCACUGCGAGACUGGCCCGCUCAUUACCCACUGCAGCGCUCGUCACAACAGCAGCAGCUACAUAUUGUCUCACAUAUUAUGUACUCAAACAACAAUACACAAUGGCAAAAGCUCAACACAAUCGGGCUGUAGAGACGUUGAACGAGAUGAAAGAACGAGGGAAUAAAACAGACGAGUGGGUAAAGAAUGAUGCAUUAUGGUGGACGGCAUUCUAG